AUGCCCUUACCAAGGCGUAGAGCUUCCUUUUUGGGACAACAGCCCUCUACUUCCACAGCAGAAAGCUUGGGGGCCACCAGUCGUAGAAUUAGCGUUGGCGGAGGAGGGAGCUUGUCGAGACCCCCAGGGGUCUAUGUGGGCAUCGUACCUACGGGAGGCGUGAGCAGUUUAGGCACCCGGGUGUCCCGCAGAGCUCUGGGCAUAAGCAGUGUCUUCCUACAAGGCCUCCGUAGCUCCUGUACAACGGUGCCAUUACCCCAAGGGCUGGAAAGGGGACGAGGCCUAUCUCACGAGAGCCUGAAUGGGUGCCUGGUAGAUUACAUUGAGAAGGUGAGAGCUUUAGAGCAGGUGAACCAGGAACUCGAGGAACGCAUCCGCGUUUACCUGAACAAGAAGUCCUCCAGCGCCAGUAACUGGGGAGCCCUGAGAGAGAGCUGGGAAAGCAUCUACCACCAAGUUGGGGAUGCAGUCCUUGAAAAUGCUCGGCUCAUGUUACAGACAGAAAACAUUCAAGCCUGUGCUGAAGACAUUAAAGAGAGGUAUGAAAAUGAACAACCAUUUAGGAAGGCAAUGGAAGAUGAAAUUAACUCCCUCUACAAAGUGAUUGAUGAUGCUAAUUUGACUAAAAUGGACCUGGAGAAUCAGAUUGAAAACAUGAAAGAAGAACUGACUUCACUGUCACAGAAUCAUGAAGAGGAUGUCAAGAUGCUGUACAAUCAGCUUGCUGUAUCACCACUGGAAGAACUUGAUGCUCCCAUUGGACCUGGCCUUGAUAAUAUAUUGGAGAAAAUUCGGAUUCAUUGGGAGAAAGAUAUUGAACGGAACCGUGCUGAGACUGGAGCUUUGCUCCACAGCAAGCAACCCACAGAAGCAGCACCAGCUGUGCGAACCCAAGAGGAGGAACUGAUUGAGUCCCUGAGGGGAGACUUUCACGAAACAGCUUGCAAAAUACAAAGCCUGCAAGCUGAGACCGAAUCCCUGAGAACACUGAAGAGAGGCCUGGAGAACUCCCUUUUUGACACUAAGCACUGGCAUGACAUAGAGCUUCAGAAUUUAGGCUCUGUCAUUACCAAACUGGAGGCAGAAGUAGGAGAAAUCCGGGCAGAGACCGAGCAGCAGCAGAGGGAUCGCGAAACUCUUCUGUCGCUUAAGACGCAGCUGGAGAAAGACAUUGCUGCAUAUCACUGCCUUCUAGACAAAGAAGAACAAAGGUAUUACUUGGAUUUAUGGUGAAUUGGGUCCUGAAUCUACAGAACAUCCUCUC